GAAAUACCAACCAUGUCCAAACCCCUACACGACAACGUCGCCCGAACCAAAUCCGCCUCCAUUCCCGGCCGAGCGACCUUCAUCCUCCUCCGCGCCCUCGACGUCUGGUUCCAAUACACUCUCCUACACCAAGGAUGGGCCUCAACCCUCAUCACCACCCUCGGCGGCACAACCACCAACCCUAACCCUAACCUGCCCACCUACCACACCCUCCUCACCCUUCUCGCCCUAGGCUCCAGUCUCAAACAAAUAACCACCAUCCUAUUCAUCUCCGAACAAUCCACCCCCAUCUCCUCCGCAAUCCUAAUCGCCUUCUUCAACACCCUCCUCAACACCCUAAACACCUUCCUGGCCGUUUGGUCCCCCACCUCCGCAUCCGUGUCCACCCCCGCCAUCCUCCUCGGCACAACAGCCUACACUCUCGGCCUCCUCACAGAAACAAUCUCCGAGUUCCAGCGUCGCGCGUUCAAACAAAACCCCGCUAAUAAAGGUAAGCCGUUCGCCGGGGGCUUGUUCUCGUUCGCAACGAAUAUAAAUUACGGCGGGUAUACGGUUUGGCGUGCCGGUUAUGCCUUGGUCUCGGGUAGUUGGGGGUGGGCAAUUGCGUGCUUUGGGUUCUUCUUUUGGGAUUUUAAGGUGAGAGGCGUGCCGGUUUUGGAGAGGUAUUUGGUUGAGAGGUAUGGGGAUGCGUAUGUGGAGAUUGUGAAGAACGUGGGGUAUCGUUUGCUUCCGGGGGUUUAUUGAGAUUGCCCCUUUUUUUUUUUGCUUUCGGUUUUGGGGGAUGUAUGUUUCCUAUUCUGGACUCAUGGCGAGGAAGUUUAGUUUCUUCUUUGGGGGUUGCAUGCUUGAUGCUGGUGAAGGGUAUAUUUGGUGUGCGCAAAACAGGGAGUCUGGGUCAAUUUGGUUGGAUGGAAUGAAUUCCAAGU